AUGGCUGACAAUUCAACGGAUAUGGUUCUUUUCCAAGAACUCGAGAAGAAACGUCAAUCGAUUGUUAACGAAAUUAACACUUAUACUGCCGUUUUGGAGGGAAACAGAAAUGUUGGCAUGCAUGGUCCUCUGUUGGAUUCGGAGGGAUUCCCACGCAGUGAUAUCGACGUGGUCGCCGUGAGAACUGCACUUUCAUCCUUUUUAUUUGUAGGUCUUAAUACAGACCACAAUGAAGUUAUGAAGCAGUUAGAGACAGUUUCGGCGCGCCUGCUCUCAAAGACAAGAGGAGGUGCGGAGGAGAUGGAUACUGAUUCCCCCAUAGCUCGGCCUUCCACCGAACCACCUUCCCGUUCUGUGCCCUUCCUGCUAGUUGAUCAGGUGGCUCCUGGCUCUCCAGCUGACCAAGCGGUGGGUCGACCAGCGUUUUGUGCCAUUGGGUUUUGUGAAACUACUCCUGCGAAACAUGGCUUGGAUUUGAAGCAACUUUUUUUGCUACUUUUCAACAUUUAUCAUUGCCCUAAACCAAGCUGA